AUGGCAGGACAUGACUGGGGAAGAUCUCCAGAGGCUCAACAUCACGUUGGAGAAUGCAGAGGGGCUGGUAUGGAACUGUCAGUGAUGGAAAGCACUAGCGGACCUGAAUACCAGAAACAGCAAAGAAUUAUUCACAGUUGUUUCAUUAAACACAAGCGUAUUCAUACAAGAGAAAGACCAUAUCAGUGUAAUAUAUGUGGUGAAUCAUUUUCAAAUAGACUUCAUUUAACUCCUCACCAAUAUAUUCAUACGGGAGAGAAACCAUAUCACUGUAAUAUCUGUGGUAUGUCAUUCUCUCGAAAUGGUAACUUAACAACUCACAAACGCUUUCAUACAGUAGCAAAACCAUAUCAGUGUGAUAUCUGUGGUAGAUCCCAUUUAAGUAAACACAAGAAAAUCCAUACAGGCGAAAAACCAUACCAAUGUACCAUCUGUGGUAAAUCAUUCUCUCGUGUAGAUGCUCUAACAAUUCACAAACGGGUUCAUACAGGGGAGAACCCUUAUCCUUGUGAUGUUUGUAGUAAGUCUUUCUCUAACCGCAGUAACUUAAAUAAACAUGUGUACAUUCAUAUUGGAGAGAAGACAUAUCUCUGUGAUCACUGUGGGGAGUCAUUCUCUCAAAGUUGUGAUUUAAGGAGGCACAAAUGUGCCCAUACAGGAGACACCCAUAUGUAA